ACUCCCUCACACCACCCAAAACUCUCUCUUUCUCUUUAGCUAUUGCAGUAUACACCUCUUCCUUUCAUCAAUUCCCUCUCCUUCUAGCUAGCUACCUUCUUUUUGAUAUUAUUCGUCUGUGUUGUUUCAAUAUUUCAUAAUAUCAAUGGCUAUGUCUGGAUUUGAAGGGUAUGAGAAGAGGUUGGAGCUUCAUUUCUUUGGUGAUGACCCUGCGAUGUUGGACAACAAUCUGGGUCUAAGGCUUCUUGAUUUUGAGUCAUUAGAACAAGUGUUAAAUGCCGUGCAAUGCACUGUAGUAUCUGCUGUGGCUAACCAAUAUUUUGAUGCCUACGUGUUAUCAGAAUCAAGCCUCUUUGUGUACCCCACCAAGAUCAUCAUCAAGACAUGUGGGACCACCCAGCUCCUCAAAUCUAUCCGUCCAUUAAUACACUAUGCUUGCAAUCUUGGCCUAUCUUUGUGCUCUUGUAGGUACACAAGAGGUACGUUUAUCUUCCCUAAAGCACAACCUUCCCCUCACACCAGCUUCAAAGAAGAAGUUAUCUGCCUUGAAGACGCCCUCCCUAACAAUCUUUGCUAUAGAAAAGCCUCUGUCAUGCCUUCUAAAACCACCACUAAUUCUUGGCAUGUCUUCACUGCUAGUGAUGAAUCUCACAUAAUCCCCAAUGAUCAUGAUAUUUACACUGUUGAGGUAUGCAUGACUGAUCUUGACCGUGUUUUGGCUCGUAAAUUUUUUCUACCUCCUGGUGGGGGCAACAAAAGUGGUGACAUAGCUGGCAAAGAAAUGACAAAAAUUACUGGCAUAGGUGAUAUCAAUCCAAGAGCUAUGAUUUGUGAUUUUGCGUUUGACCCUUGUGGAUACUCCAUGAAUGGGAUUCAUAAUGAUCGCUACUCUACCAUUCAUGUCACCCCAGAAGAUGGCUUUAGCUAUGCAAGCUUUGAGUGUGUGGGCUCCAUCUUCGAUGAUGAUCAUAUUGAACAUCUUGUCGGGACUUUGAGGAAGGCAGUGCAAGUUUUCCGGCCAGCUACCCUUUCGGUGUCGACUACUUGCGCAAGCCACGAGGUAUGGCCGCGUGUCACCCAUGCCCUCGAGCCACUUGGUUUGAAAUGCCGGAGUUGCGCUGCCGAUGAGUUUCCAGCCGCCGGAAGCAUCGUGUUUCAAACGUACACAGCCCGCCGGAAAUAGCUCCUCCAAGAAAUGGUGCUUGUGUCACGUAGAUAAGAUAUAUUGGGGUAAGGGGUCGGUUAAAGGGGAGAUCUAGGGUUUAGAAGGAGGGUUUUAGUUGAAAAUCUUAGGGUUGGUUAUGGAUGCAUGGUGAUGACAUGGAGAGAUGUGAUUGGUUGAUGGAGGGUUUGUGGGCUUUGACUUGUGUAGAGAAAGAUAGACAAGAGUGGGGAUGGAGGAUUUAAUCAGAGAUGAGAGGAUGAUGUGGAGGCAUGAAGAAGAGGGGUGAGAAUUUGGGUUCUAUCAUGAUAAUGCACCCCACUUAGGCUUGUCACGCCUAAGGUUUUUGAGCUUGCGUUGUGUAGUGGGGGGUGAAAAGAAAAGUGUUUUCAGGUUUAUAUAUGGAAAUUUCUCUUUCUCUUAA